AUGGAAGCACAAACGCUAACACCCAAGUUAACAAACUCUGACCCUCUGGAAGAAGGCGAAAUAAUAGACGAGAUAAACUCAACAACUUACAGUGAAGAAGAGAAACAAAACUUAGAAGCAGUAACAAAUGGAGUAGCGGCACUGCCUUACCCCAACCAGCCAUCACCGCAAAGUCAAGACAAUGAGGAUUCCAUCAAGAGCAAUGAACAUGGCUUAGAAGGUGACUUGAAAGAAGUAAAGAAUCGGGAAAGUUCUGGACGGGAACGGAAACAUCGAGAAGAACGGCGUCAUCGCCACUCUAGUAGGCAUUCCCGUAGUCAUCGUCGCCACCAUGAUAACGAGCGUAAUCGACACGGGCAUAGACGGCACGAAUCAGAGCGAAAGAAUCACAAUAAAGAAGGCGAUAUAGGUCGGAAGGACGGUUUAGGUAACAAUUUGAGCUCGACCGAGCCAAUGGUCGUCGAUGACGACGAAACUCGUAGCGAUAUAUCCACAAAUCGUAAUGAACAUUCUGAUGCCUCUCUCCGUAAACCUAAACGCAGUAGGGCAGAGUUUUCCUCUGACGAUGAAAGUCAUCACCACUCAUCUUCUCGUCAUCAUUCCUCUUCCCGCCAUCGUUCCUCUUCCCGUCAUAGCGAACGCCGUCAUAGCAUAAGCCGACGAAGGAAAGAAUAUCGCGGUCGAUAUGAUUACGAUCGGGAAUAUCGGUACGCUUAUGGUGAACCGACGAACGUUCAGGAGAAUAAAGAGAUACGAACUGAUCAUAACCAUGAUGAGACGAUAGAUAUUGAACUCGAGCCGGAAGUUGAUGAAGAGAAGUUAAUAGAGGAGAGACGGAGGCGUAGAAAUGAAAUUUUAGAGAAGUAUAAAAAUAAAGAUAUUGUUUCCACAGAAACUAGUCUUCAACAGAAGCAGCUCUCAGAUUCUAUACCAGGAAAUAUCGUGGCUAAACAAGCGAUAUCUGUUGAAAGCAUAACUGAAGAUGAAUCCGUCGGCGAAGAAACACAUGGCUUUUCCGCUGCGGAUUAUGAUCCUACAAAAGACCGUAUUGCCGAUGACGAACGACAACUUCAUCACAAGUCCGCGAAGGACUUGGAAUUGUUAAAGGCCAAGGAUUUGCAAGAGGCAGUAGUUCAACAGGGAGAUGAUGAUUCAGAUAUGUUUGCAGCUGAUUACAAGGAGACAUUAACAGAACGAAAUGGGAAUCAAGAAUCUAAUACCGAAAAAGUACAAAACGGUGAAGAAUUGGACAUGUUUGCUGAUGAAGACAUGUUUGCCCAUUCACCAGAGAGUAAGGAAAACAAUACUCAACUAGCGCAGGCAUUCAAGACAGUUCCCGUAGUUGUACAUGAUAAUAAUACAGGGCUGGUGGAUAACUAUGACGAUGCGGAGGGAUAUUAUCGGGUUCUUCUCGGCGAAAUGCUUGAUAAUCGAUAUCAUGUGCACAGCAAUCUUGGAAAGGGUGUCUUUAGUUCUGUUGUGAAAGCUAAGGACACUAAAGAAUGCAUUGAUGUGGCAAUUAAAAUCAUUCGUAACAAUGAUACUAUGUAUCGAGCUGGCAUGAAGGAAUUGAAUAUACUUAAAAAGCUCAUGGCAGCGGAUCCUGAGAAUAAGAAGCAUGUAAUACGGCUUUAUCGACAUUUUGAACAUAAGGGACAUCUUUGUUUGGUUUUUGAGUCUCUAAGCAUGAACUUAAGAGAGGUAUUAAAAAAGUUCGGUAAGGAUGUUGGUAUCAAUAUCAAAGCUGUCCGCAUCUAUGCUCAGCAACUCUUCCUAUCAUCGUCUCUCUUGAAAAAAUGUAAUAUACUUCAUGCUGACAUUAAACCUGACAACAUAUUGGUGAGCGAAUCCAAGAAUAUAUUGAAGAUGUGCGAUCUUGGCUCUGCUUCUGAUGCAUCGGAAAACGAUAUCACACCAUAUUUGGUUAGCAGGUUCUAUCGGGCACCAGAAAUUAUCCUCGGAAUUCCUUAUGACUACGCACUCGACAUGUGGUCUGUGGGCUGUACCUUAUACGAAUUGUAUACCGGCAAAAUUUUGUUUCCCGGUAGAAGCAAUAACCAAAUGUUAAAAUUGAUGAUGGAGCUCAAGGGAAAGUUUUCAAACAAGAUGCUUCGCAAGGGCCUAUUUGUUGAUCAGCACUUUGAUCAAGAUUUGAACUUCCUGUGCUAUGAGACUGAUCGGAUAAGUAACAAAGAAGUUGUAAAAGUCAUGAUGAUAACGAAACCUGUUCGUGACUUGAAAACACGGCUUUUAUCUCGGACAUCUCAUAUGACUGAUGAAGAAAUUCGCCUUCUUACAGCGUUUGUCGAUUUACUGGAUAAAUGUUUAAAUUUGAAUCCAGAGAAGCGAUUAACGGUGCGAGAAGCGCUGAUGCAUCCUUUUGUUACUGGCAAAGUCUAA